AGUAUGUUGAUAUAUGUAUAAUACAUUGGACUUAAACCAUAUCAGCUGAUUUCACCUUACUGGUUUGUUCGUUGUUGGCUAAACUAGGUCGUAAAACCCAGAUAAAUCGUCAGUUUACAUCAGCCCAUUGGAACACGAGAUGAUAGUCUUAGUUUGGGAAGUUUUUCUCGGCAUUCGUCAGAUUGUUGAACUUUCUAAUCGGGUCAACCAGGCUCUGUUCUACAGUUCGUUGGCGAUGGCGUGUAUAAUACAUGGACACCACAGGAACGAUACUGUCACCAACCUCACACAUCGUGUCGUCUUUAUGUCAAACCGUCAGCUUUGGAAGCUACUAAUGGGGAAUAAACUUUAUAGGAGUCACCACAACAGUCAUGUGACAGGGAAAAAGCCCGGGACACACGGGACUGGGCGCAAACGGCGUAUAAGUUACAGGAAAAAAUACCACAGGACGGUGAAAUUGUACCGGAAGUUACCUUUAACUUAUAUGUCAAGGGCAUGGGGCAAGGUCAGUCAAUUUGACCUUCACCCUUUACUCCGGCGACCCCUACUUGGCCUCUACGUGUGGUUUUGGGGCGUGGAUCUUGAUGAAGCUGCCGAUGAAAACCUCAACAAUUAUCGGAACUUAAGUGAAUUCUUUCGCCGACAGCUGAAACCACACGUGCGACCAGUGGACGAACUUCAUAGUUUGACCUGUCCGUGUGAUGGGACGGUGCUACAUUUUGGUGAAGUGGAAAACGGAAAGUUGGAACAGGUGAAAGGCGUUAUAUAUUCUCUCCAAGAAUUCCUCGGACCUUUGUCGUGGAAGUAUGGAGCCGAAUAUGAUUUUUCCGAUGAGGAAUACUCUCAAAAACUCAAAAUAAAUUAUGACCACUGCCUGUAUCAUUGUGUGAUAUACUUAGCUCCUGGAGAUUAUCACAGAUUCCACUCAGCUGCAGAUUGGACUGUCCAGUACCGAAGGCACUUUCCAGGUGAUCUGUUGAGUGUCAGUCCACACGUGGUCCGCAGGGUAGCCGGGUUAUACAACUACAACGAAAGGGCGGUAUACACGGGUACAUGGGACUAUGGAUUCUUCAGUUACACAGCCGUAGGGGCCACCAACGUAGGCUCAAUCAAGAUAUACAGUGACAAGGAGUUGCAGACAAAUAUUUAUCAGCACAAAGGGAAAAGAUACAUGGACAAGAAUCUCUGUGACCAAGACAACAUUGGUUUGAAGAUACAAAAGGGGGACAUGUUUGGAGAGUUUAACUUUGGUUCCACUAUUGUACUCGUAUUUGAGGCACCUAAAAACUUCAGAUUCACUCUUAAAGAAGGACAAAAGGUCAAGUUCGGCCAACCCAUUGGAGCAGUCUCAGAAAUCUCAAAUCCAUCGCAAAAUCUACUUCAAGUGGGAUAGCGCUAUGAUUUGUAUUCAGUAAUACUCAAUGCUCUGAUCUCAUAUGAUAUGGUUUACUAUUAAACUCUGAUGUUGAGAGUUGUUAUUUAAAAUCCCGAACUUUUCAUUUCUCUUUGUUAAAAUUAUGGGGGAUAUGGAGGUUGUACCAAAAAUAGCAGCUAUUUUCAGUAGUAAGCAAGAAAAUAUAAAGACAUAAUAAUUUAUCAGAAAUCAUUAACAUAAAGACACGAUUUAUUUUCGAGUGACCUCCCUUGCCUAAAUUACUUAUAGUACUGGUCGUAUUGUCAUUUGACAGGCCCAAAAUAUCAUUAAAAAUAACUUACAUGUAUCUUGAGUUGGAUUCCCUGUAGAACACAGAAAAGGCCCACUGUACCUGAUAAGCAUUUUUUUAUAUUAAAUUAUGCACGUUUUUUUCUG